AUGGGGGCUGCCUACAGCCAGGACUACAUUCCCACCUCUGCCUGGACUGAGAAGCCUCCAGACCAGAAGCCAGUUGCCCACAGUUCUGGGGACAACUCCAUUAUCACCCAGUGUGAUUUUGAGGACAACUCCAAACCCUUCUGUGACUGGACUCAAAUAUCCACAAAUUAUGGGAACUGGAUUCGAGCCAGUGGGCCCUCCAUCAUGGGCAGCACUGGGCCCACCGGGGGUUACCCCAAUGGACAGGGCUUCUACCUGCAUCUGGACUUCGGCACCUCCCACCGGGGCUGGGUGGCCCGCCUGCUCAGCUCCCCCAUAUGGGAGCAAGGCCCUCUGUGUGUGCACUUCGCCUACUACAUGUUUGGGCUGUCGUGGGGUGCCCAGCUCAAACUGCUGUUGCUCACGGGCACAAAUAACAGGCACCCCAACCUGCUUUGGAAACACAUUAAUGUUCAGAGCCCCUCCUGGAUGCCCACCACUGUCACUGUGCCCAAGGGGAAUGUCCUGCCCACCCAGCUGAUAUUUGAAGGAGUGAGGGGCAGCCCUGCCUUCCUGGACAUCUCCCUGGAUUCUGUCUCUAUCCGCCGUGGCUCCUGCAAUAGGGCAAGCUGCCCCCCAAAUGCCCACCACGAACCCUGCGCCUGCCCAGCCUCCUGCCAGAACCCCAAGCCCAACUGUGAGCUCGUCUGCAAGCCCGGCUGUGUCUGCAAUCCUGGCUUUGUGUUUAGCGACUCCCACUGCAUCAAUGCCUCUUCCUGUAACUGCUUCUACAACGAUAAUUACUACAAGCCUGGGGCAGAGUGGUUCAGCCCCAACUGCACAGAACGAUGUCACUGCUGGCCUGGCAGCCGGGUACAGUGCCAGACCUUUCAAUGCAAGGAAGACAAGGUGUGCCAGCAGAAGAACGGCCAGUAUGGAUGUCACACCUAUGGCUCUGCCACCUGCUUUGUCUAUGGAGAUCCUCAUUAUCUCACCUUUGAUGGGAGGCACUUUAGCUUCAUGGGCAAAUGCACCUACAUCUUGGCCCAAUUCUGUGGCAACUCGACAGAGUCCUUCUUCAGGGUGGCGGGGAAGAACGAGGAGGGAGCACAGGAAGACAUGUCUUGCCUGAGCAAAGUCUACGUGACGCUGCCUGAGACCACAGUCACCCUGCUCAGGGGCAGGCGCACGCUGGUUGAGGGUCAGGAAGUCAACCUCCCAGCCAUGCCUUCUAAAGGCAUCUUUCUGGUUUCGAGUGGGCGAUUUGUGGAGCUGCAGACUGUGUUUGGCUUGCGGAUAAGAUGGGAUGGUGACCAGCAGCUGUUUAUAAGUGUGCCCAGCACCUACUAUGGCCAACUCUGUGGUUUCUGUGGCAACUAUGAUGGCGACAGUAGCAACGACAACAAGAUGCCUGAUGGCAGGCUAGCACAAGAUGAGGAGGAACUGGGCUUAAGCUGGCAGACAAUAGAGGAUAUAGAGGAGGAGUGCCAUAACAAGGCAAAUCCCCCAUCUUGCAACUCAACCUUGCAGAACACUCUAUCAGGGCCAGAGUUCUGUGGACGGAUCACAAUCUUCCAUGGAGCCUUUGAGACAUGUCUGCCUCACCUCAUGGCCUUUUUCUUCUUCAACAACUGCAUGUUUGACAUGUGUAAAUACCAGGGGCUGCAGCAGACGCUGUGUGUCCAUAUGGCAGCCUUGACUGAGGCUUGCCAGGAUGCUGGCUACAUGGUGAAGCCCUGGAGGGGACCCCAGUUCUGCUCUCUGGACUGCCCACCUAACAGCAAGUACACCAUAUGUGCCAAGCAGUGCCCUGAGACCUGCCACUCCACGUUCUCUGGCAUGUCCUGCCAGGACCGAUGCGUGGAGGGCUGUGAGUGCAACCCUGGCUUCGUCCUCAGUGGUCUCCAGUGCAUCCCCCGAUCCCAAUGUGGGUGCCUUGACUCCAUGGGCCACUACAUCAUGGUAGGGCAGCACUGGUUUGGGCCAGACUGCAGGCAGCUCUGUAUCUGUGAGGGCAACAGCAAAAUCCGCUGUGUGCUCUGGAAGUGCGAGGCUCAGGAGGUGUGCAGUCAGCAGGAUGGCGUUUACGGCUGCCAUGCCACAGGGACCGCCACCUGCGCUGUCUCAGGGGAUCCCCACUACCUGACAUUCGAUGGAGCCCUGCACCACUUCAUGGGCACCUGCAGCUACACCCUGGCCCAGCUUUGCUGGCCGAGGUCCUUCGACAACUACUUUGUCGUGAGCACCACCAACGAAUUCCAAGGUGGGAACGCAGAGGUCUCCCACGUGACCGCCGUCCACAUACAGGUCUUCAAACUCAAAAUCUCACUGAUCAAAGGCUACAAGGUUGUGCUGAAUGGUCGCCGGGUGACCCUGCCUGUAUGGCCUGCACAAGGUCGGGUAGGCAUUAGGCACAGUGGCUCUUUUAUUGUCCUCUACACGGAUUUGGGGCUUCAAGUUCGCUAUGAUGGGAACCACCUGGUCAAAGUGACAGUGCCCUCCACCUAUGCUGGCCGGCUCUGCGGGCUGUGCGGAAACUACAACAGCAACAGCUCAGAUGACAAUCUGAAACCAGAUGGAAAGCCUGCAGACAACUCCAUCGAACUGGGGGUUGCCUGGAAGUCAAAUGAAUACUCUGAAUCUGGCUGCUUCUCUGCGGGUGGCAAACCUCCCAGAUGCCAGGAGAACGAAGUGGCAGACACCUGGAAUAAGAACUGUAAUGUCUUAAUCAACCCUCAGGGCCCCUUCUCCCAGUGCCACCAGGUGGUACCCCCAGAAUCCAGCUUUGCCAGUUGUGUGCAUGGCCAGUGUGGGACCAAGGGAGAUGCCCUGACCCUGUGCCGCUCCCUGCAGGCCUAUGCAUCCCAGUGUGCACAGGCCGGCCAGCCCCCUGUCUGGCGGAACAGCACCUUCUGCCCUCUGAAGUGCCCUUCUGGCAGCAGCUACAGCCCCUGUGCCAACCCUUGCCCAGCCACCUGCCGCACCCUGAACACCCCAAAAGACUGCCCGGCAGCACUGCCCUGUGCCGAGGGCUGCGAGUGCCAGAAAGGCCAUGUCCUGAGUGGAGCCUCCUGUGUGCCCUUCAACGAGUGCGGCUGCACCGACCCCCGGGGCUCCUACUACCCGCUUGGGGAGAGCUGGUACACGGACACAACCUGCUCCAGGCUCUGCUCCUGCUCCACCCACAACAUCUCCUGCCUCGACACCUCCUGCAACCCUGGACAACUGUGCUGGGCCCUGCACGGGCUGAUACGCUGCCGGAGUUCAGGUAUGGGAGUGUGCCGGAUCGAAGACAAGUCCUACUAUGUGAGCUUUGAUGGCCAUUAUCAUGCCAUCAGGAGCACCUGUGCUUAUGUCCUGGUGAAGACAUGUCACUUCACCACGGACCUGCCCUUCUUCAAGAUCAGUGGCGAGAAUGAGGAGAGGGAAGGCCAAUCCCCUGCUUUCUACCUCCGCCAGCUCAAUAUUAGCAUCUUUGAUUCCCUGAUCACCCUACAAAAGGACCAUCAUGUGCUGAUCAAUGGCAAACAGGUCACCCUUCCCUCGAACAACCGGGUCCGGGGCGUCCGCAUCUCUGCCAGUGGCACCUACACCGUGCUCAGCCUUUACAUUGGGAUGGAAGUCAAGUUUGAUGGCAACGGGUUCUUAGAGAUCGAAAUCCCUAGACCCUAUUAUGGAAAGGUCUGUGGCAUAUGCGGAAACUUCAAUGAUGAGGAAGAGGAUGAAAUAAUGAUGCCCAAUGACGAACUAGCCCAGAAUGACAUCGAUUUUGUGCAUAGUUGGCGAGAUAAGGAGGCCAACCCAAAUUGCCAAGAUGAGCAAAUAGAUGAGCAGAUGAAGACCAAAGCAGGAUAUCAGGAGACUCGGAGUGCAAACUGCAAGCCAUCUCACCUAAUGAGAGCCAUGAAGCACUGCAAAGUGGCCUUUCAGACCCCGGCUUGGACCAAGUGUGCCGCCCAGGUGGCCCUCACGCCCUUUCUGCUGGACUGUAUGCACAACCUCUGUGAGUUAAGAGGCCUAAGCCACGCCCUCUGCGACUCUCUGCAAGCCUUUGGGGCCGCCUGCCAGGCCCAGGGGCUCAAGCCCCCAAUCUGGAGAAACAGCAGUUUCUGCCCUCUGGAAUGCCCCACCCACAGCACCUACACGUCCUGCGUUCCCUCCUGCUCACUUUCCUGCUGGGACCUGGAAGGCCAGUGUGAUGACACCAACGUUCCCUCCACCUGCGAGGAGGGCUGCAUUUGCCAGUCUGGCUAUGUGCUCAGUGAGCAACAGUGUGUGCCCAGAACGCAGUGCGGCUGCAGGGAUGCCCAGGGCCGCUCCCUCCCCACAGGGACAACCUGGCUCUCCAGUAGCUGCACCCAGAACUGUACCUGCAGAGCAGGAACCAUUCAGUGCCAGCCCUUUGCCUGCUCCUCUGGCUCUCACUGCCAGACCAACUCCAACGCAGCAGCACAUGCACCCCAGUUGGAACGUUGCUCAAUUUUCGGAGACCCCCAUUACCGCACAUUUGACGGUGUUAGCUACCACUUCCAGGGCCGCAUGACCUACAUCCUGGUCAAGACCGUGGACACGCUCCCCAGGAAUGUGGUGCCCCUGGUCGCGGAGGGGCGCAACAAAAUGCAUACGCCCCUCAGCCAGAUCUUCCUGCAGGAAGUCAUUGUGAUAGUCUACGGCUACACAGUCCAGCUCCAGGCUGACCUGCAGCUUGUGGUCAACGACCAGAAGAUGGACACCCCCUUCAACCCCAACCAGCAACUGCAGGUUACCAUUCGGAGCAAUCGGCUGUAUCUGAUCACUGAUUUUGAGUUCACUGUCAGCUUUGAUGGGAAGAGCAAUGCAGUGAUCUCCCUGCCCAGCACGUACCAGGGGCUUGUGUGUGGCCUGUGCGGGAACUUUGACAAGAAUCAGGACAAUGAAUUUAUGCUGCCCAACGGUGCCCUCACCCAGAACCUCAACCAUUUCGGCAACAGUUGGGAGGUGAAGACCAAGGGAGGCCUCCCCCGCUUCUCAAGGUCCAUCCAGGAGGAGGAGGAGGAGGGAGACGAGAAGGCAGGCUUCCAUGUGUCAGAAUGCAGCCCAGAGCAGCUGGAGCUCAUCAACAGCACCCAGGCCUGCAGGGUGUUGGUGGACCCCCAGGGCCCCUUUGCCGCCUGUCACCAGACUGUGGCCUCGGAGCCCUUCCAGGAGCACUGUCUGUCUGAUCUGUGUGCCACCCAGGACCCUGAAGAGCAGGAGGAGCUGCGCUGCCGGGUUCUCGGCGGCCUUGGCGUGCCCAGCCAAUACCAUCUACCAGAGCUGCAUGACACCCUGCCCUGCCUCUUGUGCCAACCUGGCGGCUCCCAGGGACUGCGAGGGCCCCUGUGUGGAAGGCUGUGCCAGCCUCCCAGGCUACGUCUACAGUGGUGCCCGGAGCCUCCCCUGGCCCUCUGUGGUUGCACCAACAAUGGCAUCUACUACCAGCGGGGUGACACCUUUGUGACUGAGGAUUGCUCUCAGCGCUGCACCUGUGUCAGCUCAGAGCGCCUGCUGUGUGAGCCCCUCAGCUGCAGCGCGGGGGAAAUCUGCACCCUGGGGAACCGCACUCGUGGCUGCUUCCGAGAAAGCCCGUGUCUGCGGAACCCCUGUCAGAAUGACGGGCACUGCCAGGAGCAGGGCGCCCACUUCACCUGCGAGUGCGGACUGGGCUACGGAGGAGACCUCUGCACGGAGCUUCGGGACGUGCCGCUCCCCGAAAAGCCAGUGUCCAACUUUGCGGCCAUCCUGCUGGGAAUGCUGGUGCCCGUGGUGGUCAUAGCGCUGGUGGUGGUCAGAGAAUGUGUUUCCAAGAGGAGGAGGAGGGAGAGAACGCAGAGCCAGAACAGAGCCAGGCUGGCAGACACAGGUGAGAACCAACCCCACCGCCCAGAACCGGGAGCGGAGGCAGCCUCUAACACAGGCUUUCUCCCUUCCCCCCCAGAUUUUCUUCUAGAACCUGCCUUCAAAGUCACGUAG